AAGGUUAGUAAGGUACUGGAUCAAAACCAAGCCCAGUGGGCAAUCGCCAAGCAUGGAAUUGAGGCCCUGGAAGAAGAACUGGUUGCAGUAAAAAGAACCAAGAGGAGGAAGAUUCAGGAGGAUCCAAAUCUGAAGUUUGCCACUAUCCACACUAUAAGGCGUGCUCAAAUAGAGGCUGGAAGGGUUGAGGUAGAGGAUUCAGCUUUAGAGAUUAAUUCCAAAGAGUCUACAACUGAAAGUUGUAUAGAAAUA